CGUUGACAACGGACGACACAACACGCAUGCGCCGUGGAAAAGCCGAAGUCUCCUGGGUGAACAUGUCCUAUGUGAAACUGGUGUCGCUGUGCGCCGCAGCUCCGGGGCUGACGGGCCUGCUGAGCGGCUCCGUGCUGGCUGCGGCCGCGGAGGGGAAGAGGAGGAGCACGCAGCCGGUCCUGAGCCUUGAUGAGCUGCCGUCUUUAUACACGAGACCUGAGGCAGAGCCUCUGUGCGUGGAGCCAGAGGCCGGGCCAUUGGAGGAAAGCAUUGCAUCACUGAGGAAAUGGGCAGAGCCGUACACGAACCAGUGUCAGCAAACCAGCCAAGCUGCAAUGGAGAAAGUUGAGCAAGUGUACAGGACUGUGGAGCCCCACAUCAUCGCAUCAAUAACGACAGCCACAGACGUGUACCGGUUCCUCAGCGACCCUCCUCCUGACCUCUACCCCAGUGUGGCGGUCGUGGGUUUCUCUGGCUUCCUGGGACUUUAUUUGGCCAAAGGCUCCAGGGUAAAGCGCCUGGUGUUUCCAGUUGGACUCAUGGCUCUGAGUGCGUCCAUGUUUUACCCUCAGCAGGCCGCCUCCUUAUUAAAGUUGAGUCGUGACUCGGCGUAUACCUGGGCUCAGCAGGGCCGUGUGACCAUGGAGACUCUUUGGAAAGAUCUGCCUUUGGGAAAAAAAGAAGAAAGAGCAAACGGAGAGCAACGACUCGACCAGCUGAGCUGGCAAGAAGACACACCAACUCUCCGUCCUGAGAGACUUGCACCUUCCAGUAACACACACUCACACCCCUACGGCUCCUUUCAGAUGAAUUCUUUGCAUAUUUUACACACAACCAAACUCCCAGAGCUACAGUUUAUAGACUUCCUGUUUCGAGUCCUGAGCACCAUGUCCCCGUCCAGGAAGCAGGUUUAUUCAUUUUUCCUGAUAUCUUUGCAGGUCUUUUCACAUCAGUCCACAUCUCACGUAACCAGAUACAUCUUUGAAUCUGCUUCUUGGCUUCUUCACCACUCCUCCUCCUCCUGUAACCAUUCCCAGUUUCUACUUCAAUGACCCCAGCUCCCCCAGUUUAUGUUAAGUUCAACAAACCUGGUCACAUCGUCAGGUUCUUACAGUGUUAGCUCUCUAAUGGGCAGCAAAACAUCCAUAAAUAUCUCUCCUUCAUUCUGCCCAACUAAACUUCAUAGAAAGAUAUGAAACUUUUAAAACUCAGAAAUACCAGAAAACAUCAAUAAGGGAGUUAGAGGUGAAACAAUAAACAGAUUAAUCCGUCAGUUUGACAAAAAAUAAAAAGUUUAGAAAGUUUGCAAACAUUUGAUGAUUCCAGCUUAUCAAAUGUGAGAAUUUUCUCCUUUUCCUUGUCUUACUUUAUAAUAAAUUGAUUAUCUUUGGCUUUUGAACUGUUCAGAAGCAAUUUUAAGGACGUCAACUUGGACUGAGAUCGACAAUUUUCAUUAUUUUCGGAGGUUUUAUGGACCAAAUAAUUGUCAGAUUAAUCCAUAAUGAAAACAUGUUAGUCGUACCCAUAAAAGGAGCCUGACCAAUGAUAAAAAAAACACCACUAGGAGGAAUUUUCCAGUUCCUACCACUGCUACUGAGGCUGUUUAUGUUCUUAGUCUGUUUUAUUAGUGUCAGGAAUUCCGUUCUGUUACAUCUGGUAUUAAACUAACAACUUCAGAGGAUUAUGCAGCAUUUGCAGAGGUGUGCGCUCUCAACAACAUUAUUAGCCACAUGAUACAGUACGGAGAUAGCUGUGACAAGCCAUUAUUGGUCCUCUGAUGUCUCGGUUAGGAUCUAGUCCGUAAAGUGCACGCUCCAGACGUCACUGAAAGCCAAGAUCAGCUAAGCUAAACCGUUUGUUUGCAGCUUUGCGACAGUGCAUCUUCCAGGUUUCCAAAUCACAAAGUGCGGCGGUGCAAAGCUGCUAAGUGCUUGUGCUCUUUGGUUUCAGUUUUUCAUGCUCUGUGGGUGGGGGAGUGACUGCAGAGACUCCGGAGCUUCAUUCAUUCAGAGAGUGUGAAUUUCAAGUGUUGCUGCAGUUUCUCCUUUUUCUCUGGUGGAGUGCCACUGUAGUGCAACACCUCGAUGCGUUCACACACUCAGUGUUUAAUAUUUAUUUCCCCCGAUGUUGUACAGUAAAGGGCCCAACACCGUGUGAUUAAAUCGAGACGGAAUCGCCUCGAUUUAAUUAUGAAUGAACUGGAUGACACUGUGUUUAUUGUCCAUGUUUAAUAAUGCACUGUACAUACUGUACGAGGUUUAAUCUUAAUGCUAUGUAAUUAAACAUGUUAUCUAACCGAG